UUCGACCAAUCGGGUUCUGUUGGCCUUCCCUCUUCUGCGAGAGAUCGGCAGGAAGGCAUCUUCUGUCUCUGCUUCAGAUCCAUCUCUGAGCUGCCAAUUGCUGAUUCGAGUUUGCGCCCUGACGAGAUUUCUCCCAAUUCAGCUCGAAUCUCCGGUUUUCCAGGCAGAGCAAUCUCAUGCUCAGCUGGUAUAGUGUGCACUGACAGUGAUUGCUGACCCGGUCGUGUCUUCAACUUGGCUAGCUGCUCACUGCAAUGGUGGUCUGCAAAUGCCGCAAGGUUAAUUGGGGCAAAUCAAAUUGGCGUGGCAGUAAUCAGAGCUCGAGAAUUUAGGAGGAAAAACUGAGACUUCGGCGUUUCCGCACUCGAUAGCUGUAUGAGUCAAAGAUACGCCUUUAUGUGACAGCUGAAUGAAGUUGGUUUCAAUUUAGUUAUGGUUAUUUAGCUUCCAUUAUGCUUCUUCAGAGGCUACUAAAUUGUACUGUUUCGUGCACAAUGUACCAGUUUGUGGUGAAUGCAUCUGCUUUGCGGAGCAUCGGAUAUGUGUGGUUCGUACUUACUCGGAAUGGGUUAUUGAUGGAGAGUAUGACUGGCCUCCUAAUUGCUGCAAGUGUCAAUCUGUUCUUGAAGAGGGGAAUGCUUCUGAGACCACUCGGCUGGGUUGCCUGCUUAUGGCCUCCUAAGAAUUUCAAGGAUUCGGGAUCGCGCUUUCAUUCACUACUGAGGGAAGCUAUUUUGCAGUCUGGCAUAGAGAAGAACUUGUUUGGAAACCAUCCAGUAGUAAAAACUUCCUCGGAUCCACCUCUGCUGUCCACGUCAGCUUCAUCGCUAAACAAUGGAAAAAUUGUAAAUGAUGGAUAUAUACCUACAAAUGGUACAGGAUCUAAAUUAUCUGUGUCAGACAUCGUGGAGGUAGAUGUUCCUAGCUCUGCUGGGAACCUCAUGAAAAGUACUAGUCCUGUUGGUGCCGGUGCAACAACACGGAAGGGUGCCUUUCCUGUUGAUCAGCAAAGUUCUGAUGUCCCACAUUACUCCGAUGAUGAAGAUGGCAAUCGAAAAAAAUACAGUCGAAGAGGUUCAUUUCGCCGUAAGUUCCUCAGAGCAUUGCUUCCUUUCUGGUCCAGUUCAUUACCUACUCUGCCAGUCACUGCGCCACCACGUAAAGAUGCAUUAAAUACAGAUGAUGCUUCAGAGGGCCGUCUGCGCCAUAAAAAAUCAAGGACGGACCCACAGAAGAUACUUCUAUUCAUCGCAAUCAUAGCAUGCUUAGCGACUAUGGGCAUCCUCUACUACAGAAUCGCGCAAGGGGGUUUUGGAGAUGAUCCGAUUGAUGAGGACCAGCAAUAGUUUGUUCAUCGGUGAAAUCUCGUCCAUAUAUAUGCGUUCUCAUACUUGCCUGACCCUUGAUGGGGUGAUAUUGAUCUUGUGAAAGAUGAGAGUUUCUGUUUCUUCACCUUUUCAUGGCAUGCCCUUUUGUUGUGCUAAGUUGAGAAUUGGGUCGAAGGAAAAAAUACGUCCUCAAGAUGUAUUAUUGUGUAGUUAUUGCUUCCUGAGAAUAAAAACGUUAGAAGCUGAAAUCAAUGCAUUUCAAUCAGUUUCAUUUCGACA